UGUGCUAGUUACAGAUGGUGGCCCUCCAUUCAACUCAGAACAUUUUCAAACCUUUUUCAAGAAACAAGGAGUAAUCGUUAUGAAGAGUCCUGCAUACCAUCCGGAAAGCAACGGCCAGGCGGAACGAAUGAUUAACCUCAGCGGGCGGAUCGUUUCGGCACACAGACGGCAAAUCAAGAUCCCUAAGGACUCUCGCCGAAGACGAUCGCAACGCUUUGUUUUUAGUGGAGAGAGUCCCAGCAUCUCAGCACAACUUUGCAAUAGCAACAACAGCAGUUUUGAAGAAGGAACCUAUGGCGGUUCCAAAAGUCACAGCAAGAAGAGGAAGAGAAGUGAAGAAGAUGAUACAGAUUCGGACUUUUACGGCUUCGCGGCCGAUUCCCUUUUGUUCGAAGAGGAUCAGGAUCCUCUAUGGAAUCCUUGCCUUCUCGAGAUGGAGAGGGGCUUGGAUACACCGCGCGCUUGUUCCGGAAGGGAAUGUGAAUUGUAGACGUAGUAAGAGAAAAACGCAGAAAAGGAGGAAAGUAGAUUAUGAGUAUUAUUAGUUUAAGCAAACUAUCGAACUAUAGAAUGGUCGACAUUUGAACUGCAUUUUCUUUAGUUUAAUUCAGUGUGGAUUUUCCAAUAUGCAAACAUGAAUGAAGAAGUUUGCUUUCUGAUUUUAAUUAUUUUAGUAAUCUUCAAGUUUUGAUAUAGAUGCUCAGCAUUUUCAGAAAUAGAUAAGCUUUUACUUAAGCGGGAAGGAGUUGUAAUGACUAAGCGAAAGAUUACUGUUCGGUAAAUUGGAAGAAUCCAUCCAGUAGGGUUCUCAGAAUAUUGUUGUAUCGAGAGAGUAUUGAGUGGAGCAGGGCUCUUGUGCUUGAGCGCUGAUGAUAAUAAAAUCAGAAUUAGUUUGACUGACCACGAA